CUUCAACCCCACGACACUGCGCCUACGAACUUCCCUGAAUCCCACCGCAGUCCUCGAAACCAUGAGUCUCGUCAACAUCCAGUCUGCCGGCCAAUGGCAAGGCAUCCUUAGCAGCACCAAUGUUGUCAUUGCCGACUUCUACGCCGACUGGUGCGGUCCCUGCAAGAUGAUCGCGCCGCACUUCGAACGCCUCGCCAAAGAACACUCCAAGCCGAACAAGGUCGCCUUCUGCAAGAUCAACGUCGACAACCAAUCCACCAUCGCCCGCACCCACGGCGUCAGCGCCAUGCCCACCUUCAUCGUCUUCCACGGCGGCCAGGCCGUCGAGACCAUUAAAGGCGCGAACCCACCCGCCCUGACGCAGGCCAUCCAGAACGCCCUGAAGCUCCCGGACAAGGGCGGCCGCUCCGCCGCCACUUUCACAACCCCCGGCCGAACCCUCGGCGGCGAUAAGCCCGCGCGUGCGAGCCUGCGACGCCCCGUGCAGUGGCAGCUGCGCGACUUCUUCAGCAAUAUAAUCACCUUCAUCGGGCUGUACCUCGUCUCGCUGUUUGCGAUUGACCCCCACAAGGCGGCCGAGAUGUCGCAGUUCAACCGCGUGAAUCCGCCCGCCCCAGUGGUCAAACCUGCCAAGGGCGCCGCCGGCUCUGGUACGAGGCAGGCCCCGAAGGGUCCGGCAUUCAAGACGUUGGCGGACCUGGGAGGUGACGAAUAGUGCGACAACACGGGUUAUGGCGCAAGGCGUUUUUGACUUCCUUUCUUCAAUUUUUCAUGUAUAGGAUGUAGCAUUCGUGGCAUACACAUCUCGGUGGAUAGCCUGAGAGCAAACCGGGGGGUAAUUGUGGCCCCCGUCCGACUAAUAAAGAUACAUACU